AGAUCGCGUCGAGCUCCCCUGUAAUCUUAUCGCCUCAAUUUGCCUACCAUGACCCCCCUUUCCGCAGGGUGGUUGAUUAUUGCGAAUGUUGAAUGCGAAUGCGCCAGUCAGGGUAAACGGAAGCCCUCCUCCAGGUGCGGGGUCCACGGUGGCAGUUGGAGUGAUACUGGGGAACUGGAAACUGGGAACUGAAAACUGCCAUAGAACAAUGCGAUGGUGCUGGACUCCAACUGAACCAACUGAAAGCCCAUUGACUGGGUUCGAACCAUGGAAGCGACAAGCCCGCGAUUCGUCAUUUGUGAUUGUCGCAAUCUCACCUUCAGAUUGCAGACCGCCAGAGAUUGGCUGCCAACAGAAAAGUGGCUCAUCCAGUGGAUGCUCCCUAGUAGGAGUCAACCAAUCAGUGCAUUUGCUUGGCUCUGCACCGAUCGACCUUGACCUGGCGGUGGGUUUCUGCCGUCUUCCAUUUUACACCCACAGUUUACGAGAACACUCACUCACUCUCGGCUGUUGUUUUUUAUCGUCAUCAGCCACUAUCCACUAUCCACCAUCCACCAACGCACCAUCCUUUAGCUUUCCCCCAUGCACUACCUACUCAUAUCUGGGAGGUUGGUCACCAGACACAAGCAAGCAAGAAUUUCUCCCUGAUAUGCUAGUCAACUAAAUAUAGCGUGGAAAUGGCAGCAGAUCAGCAACUCUGGUUUGCUACGCGGUUUGCCGGGCUUCAGCCCGGGUGGAUCUCUUUGUUGAUAACUUGAUAUUAACCUUCAUUACCGGCUGGGACCAACGGACCCAGGGUCCUCCCCUCUCCACUAUCAAGGCCAUUGGGCCGCGUUGGAGAGAGAACAUAAACUCUCUCCCAUCGCCUGCCUAUCGCUUGCCUGCCU